AUGCGUCGAACAACCCCAAGAGGCGAUCGUUACACUGAGCAAAAUGAUCAGCCAGGCUCUAAGUUCCCAAGUCUCAGAGCGGAGGAUUUCAUUGGUGAGCACUCCUACCACCGAGACCUCACGGAAAAAAACGAAUCUCAGUGGGAGGGUUCUCCAGGCUUUCAAAAAGCAUGCCGGUCACUUAAUGGGCAUAUUAGUAGUACAGGACUCGAUUCGGCCGUCUUCCCAACAGUGUACUCAGAGAUCUGCUCGGAUCACCGAGACACACAGCAUGAUAAUAGGCAACCUACACAGCCAGACUACUGCGAAGACAGUGAGACAAUUCAAGAAUUCAUUAAACGGAUCGAAGGCGAGGUAAGUAUGAAGUGGGACAACUCGCAGCAGUCUGUUGGUGUUGGCUGUAUUAGCGAUAGAGAGGAAUGUGCCGACAGCGAGUCGUUCGAAAUGGACAGCAGAGAGGAUUUGUCGCAAUGCAGCGAUAUAGAGUAUGAUGAGGCAAUCCAGCAGAGCUUACGCGGCAUGUUCUCAAGCCUUGAUGAAGGAUCUGUAUCGGCAAACCAGGUCGUAGCAGAAGAUUGGGAACACUCAGGUUAUGAACAAAGUCGAUACUGGACAGGAAAAUAUCACGAUGAGCAUGAGGUCUCUGAUGCGAAAAUGGUUGGUUUCUGGAGGCCUAAUCACUUUUAG